UUGAGCAUGUGAAUAAUUUUUUUAUUUUUCGUUUUUUCAAUUGUAUUUUAUUAUACCGCAAGCCUCAAGCCUCAAGCCUCGAUUAUUAAUAUUUAUAACAGGGCCAUUUUUAUUUCUUGCUAAGAUGCUCGGCUGUAGAAAAUCCUUCUCGUUAUUGUCGUUAUUACCUCUAAUUUUGCUAAUUUAUGGAAAUCUGAAUGGUGAAGUGCAUGCGAAGAGUGCUCCUAAAGGUGUUUAUUUCGAAGAUAUUCAAGUAGAUUAUCUUAACGAAUCGUAUUUCGAUCCGGAAACCUUUGACCUUUCAAUCGACUUUCGACCUGAUGGAAAAAAUGCUCUUACGUAUACGGCAGAUAUACUUCGAGAUGCGCCGGCGGAUAUGCGUUUAAAGUGCACCGCAUCAGCUCGAGUUUUUGGCAAUUAUAUUCCAACUGGAUUGUCUAUCGAUGGUGAAAUGUGUCUAAAUGUUGGUUACAUGAAAGAAUAUAUCAAUAGAUUAUUGGACCCAUUGGGACUCCAUUGUCCUUUAAAAAAGGGAAAAUACCAUCAGGAAGGUUAUAUCAUAGAUCUUACGGGUUUACCAGUAAAUUUGGUUUCUGGAACUCAUCUUUUAUUCGACAUCUUAACUUACACUAAUGACGGAGCACAAAUGUUUAUAAUGAAAGCCUACGUUGUAUUGUGAUUAUCAGACUUGUGAAGAUAGCUGUUCAUACAAAAUAUAAUGUAUCGUUUAUGAAAGUUUGAAAAAUAAAAUCAAUAAUUUCUUUGGCUAGAAUAGUUUGAAAUGUAAGAUCCCACUUCGAUAGAAAAAAUAUUUUAUAUUGUACGAUCUCGGCUGAAAAACUUCGAAGCAGAAAUUGUGAAUGUUUUUACUUUCUUACAUUAUCUACUAUCAAUUUUAUUAUCGAAUACGCAAAUCUUUUAAUUUAGGUAUGUAAUACAACGUAAAAUUGAUAUUACAAUAUUCAAAAUAAGCAUAAGACGAGGGCGUAUAUCAAACUAUAAAGUGAAGAAUGAUUACUUACAUAAUCACUCUCAACUCUCGACUCUAGAGUUCCCCACUCUACCGUCACCGAAUGUCGACCAAUAGUGUCGUUGAAUAUUGCGCUCACUAGAUGGUUAGCGAAAAACGCUAUCAUCAAGAAAGAUACUGAGAUAAAUUGUUUUUAAAAGACAAUAUCAUACUUCACGUGAUCAUUUCUGUAGUUUCACAAACUUUCUACCUAAAGUAGGAGUCGAUGCAACCACGAUGAGCAGACGAAUCUCUUCUUUCCUGAGUGUAAGGACGACUCGGGAACUCUGUUUGUCUACAUUCCCAGUCAUCGGUGAUCGCUCACCUUCUGCACUUUGUGUGGAAGGCAUGGGAGGAUGAGCUGUCCGAGUGUUUUGCUUUUUUGUAUAAAUUUAUCAAAACUGAGAUAAGAUUCUUGUUUAAGAAGUCUUGUUUUCUUUUAUAUUAGUGUGGUUGCAAAUGUUAUGUUACUUAAUUUCCAAU